GUACCGCGUAAGGAUGUUCUCCAGCAGCGGUCGAAUAUUGAAGCGGCUUGCGGUACUAGAUUUUGACCACACGGUCUGCGAACACAACACGGACAUUGUGGUGCGUGAUUUGCUCGGCCCUGGAGGCGUUCCAUCGGAUGUCCAAAGCAUACUGCGAUCGUGCGGAUGGAUCCCGUACAUGCAGCGCAUCUUCCGGCUGCUGCACCAAAACGGCUUCAAACCGAUGGACAUUAGUUCGGCAAUACGCGGCAUACCGGAAGUGCCGGGUAUGAAGUCCUGCAUUGCCAACCUGGUACGGCAUGGGUUCGAUGUGAUUAUAAUCAGCGAUUCUAAUUCGGAGUUCAUACGAGUGUGGAAUGAUUUCAACGAUAUCGGUCCGUUCAUACACACGGUGUUCACCAAUCCGGCCCGUUUCGACAGUAAUGGGCUGCUGGAGCUACGGCCAUACCACUUCCAGACGGAGUGCACACUAAGUUCGAAGAAUCUGUGCAAAGGUAAGAUUUUGAACGAAUUUCUACGCCGCCAGCACGACGAACGGCAGAUCGAGUACGAGAAGGUGUUUUACGCGGGCGAUGGCAAAAACGACGUUUGUCCGAUGCUGCGACUGGGCAGCAACGGUUACGCCUGUGCACGGCGCGGAUUCUCUUGCCACGAUGCGCUGCAGAGCGCCAUCGGGAAGCUGGAGCAUCCGUACCUUGCCAAAGUACUGCAGUGGACGGAUGGGCACGAGCUGAAUGACCUCAUAUGGACUGAACUGGAGGAGGACUGAUUUUUGUAAUAUGUUCCGACGCUAUUUCAAUGCUAUUGCAUUGAAUAAGAACAGUGAUGUGUUAUCUAUAUGUUUGAGACUCGCAAAGUGCAAAAACUUUUGUUAAUCUUUCUUUUUAAUAAACAACAUUUUUGGUAAUAAAAAAACACCACGGCUUCUUUGAUGAACAUUGGUGCUUGGAUAGUAGAAUAGGUGUUGCAAGUGGAAGCAGGUGCCAGAGGCAGGGUUUGUUUACGUUUUGUAUGAGAAACGUCAAGAGGGAAGACGAAAUUUGCAUUGUUUUGCAACUUCUUUCGGCCGGAAAGUGAACAGCAUUAUGUCGACGGCAGCUAAAUUAACGUUUAUUUCCGCCUGUAUCGCAAGUGGAAGCCUCAUCGCUUACGUUCACUAUAGCCAAGCGGCGGAUCGCGAGCGAUUGCACGAAGGAGUUCGUCGGGAUGUGGAAAGACAACGAUUGAAACAUCUUGCCGCUGGUACAGAAAACGUAGCAGAGGCGAACAGCGAUUCGAAACGCAGUGCGACCGGUACUUUAUCUAGUUGAAGUGGACUGAGCGGUGCGCCAAGUAAUGUAACAAAUUGUAGUCUUCUAAAGUGUGAAAUUUUGCUACGUUGGUACAAGACAGCAAAAAGUAAAAUGUGUACGUUCUUUGUUUUUAUUUAACGUUGGAAGUACUAUAAAACGAUUUCAUUAACAGCGAAAGUCUAUCGAAAAGCAACAAAACUUAUUUCGACUGUACGACUAGUAAGCCGUAGAAAAUAUGAAAGGAUGAAUAGUAUAGCGAAUGCUAAUUAUUCUUGAGUCCUUACAACGUGAGAGUGCAGUUUCGUUAGCUUUAAAAUAAAUAAAUUAUGUACAGAGGUUCAAUCGUUAAAUGGUAACAGUAAAUAAAACAUCUUCAAACUGUACACUAUCCAA